UUAUAUGCCAGAUAAUCAAGGUUUUACUAGUGCCACCCUGAAAGGUGGGGUCUCUCAAAGCAACUAGUCACCAGAAUAGGGGUUUGGGAAGUCACAAUUUCUUAGGAUGCAUGAAUUUCAAUUUCUGCUACAAUCACUAGCCAGAAGCAAGCACCUUGAUUAUAGGGUGCCCUUAUAACUUACCAUUCGGACCUGGACUCUUGAGAGAAUUAAAAACCCACCCUAUUAAUAAUUAACAAAACAACGAAACCAAGACUCUUCCUGGAAAACCAAGACAUAUUGUUACCCUUCUUCAACUACACAAUGAUUCAGUGACAUCUGAAAUACUUGUCCACAGUUCUUAAUCGAGAGCAGAACUUUAUCUCCUGGUUCACACCACAGCUGGAUGUUCAAAUCUGUUUCCUACUGAUGGUAGUAACUAAUUUUUGUGGGCUCCAUGGAAAAAUAUUAAAAUAGUUAUUUAAAUAAAGUAGUACUGCUAUUCAUAUAUUUAUAGGAUUGCCCUAUAUUUUGAGAAAUUUCAAAUUAUUUUCCAAAUCCUUACUUUUCCUCCAGCCUCCUUUCAAUCCUUCCAUCCUUCUUUCUUUCAACAUAACUUGACAUCUAGUAGUGCUGUUAGCUUACUAUCUUCUUUUUUAAGAGGUAUUAUGAGAAUGAGUAUCAUUUAUUCAUUCAUUUAUUUUUAAAUAUGUGGACAUCUACUAUGUGCCGGGCACUACUUCUAGGUGCUCAGAAUUCUGCAGUACACAAAACAAGACAAAAUCUCCACCCUCAUAAGGCUGACAUUCCAGUGCAGGAGACAGGAAAACAAGUAAGUUAGCCAGGGAAGGUUUCAGAAAGAAAAAACCCAAAGUGAGAAAGCUAGCUUUGCUGAUACCAGCAAGAGAAUUCUACAGAGACUGAACAGCAAGUAUAAGGGCUUUGAAGGAAAGGCAUGUUCAAGGAAGAGCAAAAAGGCCACAUGGCUGGAACAGAGUGAACAAGGAAGAGAACAAAAGAAAAUGAGAAUGGAGAUGUAAUGGAGGAUCAGAUCACACAUGUUCUUAUACGUAAUAGUUAAGGCCUUUAGCUUUUUUUCUGGGUAAGAUGGGAAACUGUUGGAAGGUUUUCAACAGAAAAAUUAUAAGAAUUAUAAGUGAAAUUUUAACAGGGUUACUCUGGCAAUGUGCUAACAACAGACAGUAGGGAAGCAAAGCAGAAGCAGGGAGACUAGUUAAGAAGUGACUUUAAAAAACCAGGCAAAGGGUGGUCACAUGGAGCAGGAUGGUGGCAGAAGGAAUGGUGAUAAAUGGUCAAAUGUGGACACAUUUUGGGAGACAGAGCUAACAGGAUUUGCUGAGAGACCAUACAUACACUGGGUGUGAGACAAAGAGAAGAAUCAAGAAUGGCACCAAGGUUUCUGGUCCAAGCAAUGAGAAGAAUGGAGUUAGCAUUAACUGAGAUAGGGAAGGCUGCAGGAGAAGCUGGUUUGUGGCGGACCAUUAGAAGCUCAGUUAGAGACAUAUUAAGUUAGGGUUGCCUAUUAGACAUGUGGAUAUACAGUUGGAGCUGGAUAUACAGUUUUGGAGAUCAAGGAACAGGGCUUGGCCAGAGAUUAAACUGGGAGCUAUCAGGGAUGCCUAGGUCACUUAGUCAGUUAAGGUCAGACUCUUGAUUUCAGCUCAGGUCAUGAGUCUCAGGUCUGAGUUUGUGAGAUUGAGCCCUUCAUCGGGCUCUGCACUGACAGCAUGGAGCCUGCUUGGGAUUCUCUCUCUCCCUCUCUCUGCCCCUCCCCCACAUAGGUGCUGGUGCUCUCUCUAGCUCUCUCUCAAAAUAAAUAAAUAAAGUUAAAAAAAAAAAAAAAGAAUUGGGGCUUUGCAGACGCCACCACCCUGGAGCCGCCCAUGCUGCCCAGCCAUGGUCAACCCCACCAUGUUCAACAUCUCCAUGGAUGGUGAGCCCUUGGGCUCCAUCUCCUUCAAGCUGUUUGCAGACAAAGUUCCAAAAAUGGCAGAGAACUUCCAUGCUCUAAGCAUUGGGGAGAAAGGACUUGGUUAUAAAGGUUCCUGCUUUCACAGGAUUAUUCCAGGAUUUAUGCGCCAGGGUGGUGACUUCACAUGCCAUGAUGGCACUGGCGGCAGGUCCAUCUAUGGGGGGAAAUUUGAUGAUGAGAGUUUCAUCCUGAAGCACACAGGUCCUGGCAUCUUGUCCACGGCAAAUGCUGGACCCAACACAAACGGUUCCAAGUUUUUCACGUGCACUGCUAAGACUGAGUGGUUGGAUGGCAAGCACGUGGUGUCUGGCAAGUUGAAGGAGGGCAUGAACAUUGUGGAAGCCAUGAGGCAUUUUGGGUCCAGGAAUGGCAAGACCAGCAAGAAGAUCACUACUGCUGACUGUGGACAAAUCUAAAAAAUUUGACUUGUGUUUUACCUUAACUACUAGACCAUUCCUUCUGUAGCUUGGGAAAGCACCCCUCCACCCCCAUCUGUCAAAAUCUCCUAUAAUCUUUGUGUUCUUGCAGCAGUUUCACGGGUUCCAUGUUUUCCUUACUCCCCUCCAAGUCUAGCUGGAUUGCAGAGUGAAGAUUAUGAUAAUGAAAUAAAAGUUAAACAAUAACAACAACAAAAA